AAGUUAGGGACAGAACGUGGAGCAUAUAUUUUAACACUGUUAGCACAGCUUUAGCGCAAACCCACAAGCCCGAAUAUUUAGCUGCCAGGACAGAUUAAAAAAUAUAUUCUGAAUAAGUGAAUCUCUCCUAAUGGAUAUUUCUGGAGGAUCCUCAACAUUUACGCAGCUUUUACGAGGUUUAACGGAUCUGGAACACCAUGAGGGGGAUUCUCAGUCUCAAAACCCCGGCAGCCAAUCGCCAUCAUCAUAUUUUCGCGUUAAGUCCUUAUAAUUAAUCACAUACCCAAGAAUAUUUAUAUAUAAAAAAAUAGUGUGUACUAUUUUAAAAGCUAUUUUUUGUAUUUACAGCCGACAUACAGCCAAGAAUGAUAAAGGAUUCGUUAUGGACAACUGACACAUCGGGUGACUUGGAUGCAAUUCUCCCGUUCUGUACGAAAAAAAAUUCAAACACACCGCGAAUCCCAGGAACCUCCACCCCCUCACGACAUAUUCCAGACCCCAACAAGCAACGCAAAACUGUGGCCCUAGUGCAUUAUUCAGAAUCCACCCCUCCAGAAAAGUACUACUGGGCAGGGAACUUGCGGCUUCACGAGCCAGCGCUCCAUGGACACGACUGCCAGGAGACCGGCCCUGCAGAAUCGGGAACACGAGAUGAAAAAAGUCACACCCCCCCGUUUCUGCGAUUCGUCAGAACAGCCAGCGCCAAAAAAAGCUGAGACUCCUCCCCGGCGAAAAACGGCACAGAAGGACACAUACAUCUAGAGCUGGGGGAUUCCGGCGCACCGAACAUUCCUAAUGUGACAACCAAAGCGGCGGAUAGCCCGGUUUUUAAUGACAUUUCAGAUGUUGACGACCAGUUAUUCUGUGAUGCGGCCAACCUUCUUGACCCCGUCAAUUCUAUGGCAUCAGGAUCUGCAAUAGAACAAGCAAGGUUUUUCACAUUAUUUUCCAGGGCUUUGAAAUCGAGGAACGUUUUGCUAUACAAACGACUGGGGGUUUUAAUUGAGAGACAGUACUGAGACAAUAUGUUAUUCUGGCAUAGAACAAUUCCACGCAUGUUAAACAGCAAACCGUAAAAAAAAAACGCAAAUACAGGCGCUAAAAUCAUAUAUGUAACACGUAUCAUUCCAGAAAUACCGCAAAACGCACAUCCUUAAUUAUCCAAAUGGCAGAACCACAGGAACAAGUUGAGACAGUUGAAAGCCUCUUAGCACAGAUACCGCCAGAACUCCUAGAAAUUAUUAAACGUAUGAACGAGUCAGGGACGCCCGAUGAAAGCAUAUUAUCCCAGAUUCCAGCCGAAGCCUUCAUAACCUUAAUUAAUCGGAUGAACGAGAGUCAGACAUUUUCGGCCCCCGCCACCCCAACAGCGAUAGCCCAACCAUUAACGCCCAUGUCCGUAGAGUCUGAAACACCACAUGAUGUUUUUGGGGAAUUGGAAAAUUGUCUAAUAAAUCUGGAGGGAGAUGGUAUUGAUAGAUGGUCUGGGUUGUGUACCGGAAUAAAUUCAACAAUACAGAGAUUCGACAGUUUUUCAAUUUCCUAUGGGUGAAUCAGAAUCUUGACCAUGCUGUGUUUUACGUAAUGAUAAUUGACACUCUGAACGAUCUGUUAGACACGGCAAGAGAUUAUGGCGAACCACGUGAUAUCUUACAGUUGGAGAUUUGUGGAGAUGCAUAACACAGUAUCUCUUAUUUUACCCAAUGGCGAAGCAGAUCUUGAACAAUUUAUUGCGCUGCUAGAACGCCUUGUUCAGUCAAAUUUAGCCGUCAUAGCAGAUCAGACCCUCGAGCUUGUAGUGCAAAUAAUACGUCAACCCCAGGGUGGUGGUGGGCAGAGAAGGAAGUUUGAGAGCCUAAUGCAGUCAGAAAUCAUAAGAAAUAAAAGGGCCUACCUCAUAAACGUUCACAAUCCAGGUAAUAAGCUAUGUUUUGCAAUAGGCCUAGCGCAUUUACUUAACCCUGGAUGUACUGAUCUGACGGCAUUGCAAAAGGCUAGAGAGCUCCAAACGGCCGUGGGUCUCGGUAUACAGGAUGCUGUGGCUUUCUCUGACAUAGUCAAAUUUGAAAACUUUCUGAAUAUCAAGAUUGUGGUUUUGUACCACAGUAGAGCUAAUGCAGCUCUCUUGAAGGUCCAAAACAACCCCCAACCGCAUCCUCAGAUUCUGUACUUUUAUGUGCAAAACGAACAUUACUACGCCGUUACCAACAUCACUGCUUUUUUAGACGCCCCAUAUGUGUCCAUCAUGCCAUACCGGCUACACCCGAAAGGGGGGGCACUGGUGCCAUUAUAACUGUUCUGUAUGUCAGGAUGCAGAGUGCCCAAUGCAACCCUUAAAUUUGACACCCUGUGAGGAUUGCCACCGCACAUGUCGUUCGACCUACUGUUACAAAAAACACAAAAUUGAAACAUGGCACCCCAAGGCAUGUAAAUCUGUAAGCAUUUGUGACAUUAACAAGGAAUGCCCAAAAUGGCUUUGCAAUUACAACCUUAAAAUAGAUAGCCCUAAACCGCAUGUGUGUGGAAUCAUACAUUGUCCAAUCUGUAAAGGGCCUUUGAAAAGCAGAGACGCUGAAGUGGUUCAAGAAGUGCCACACGAGUGUUAUAUUCAGCCCUUGGCUGAAGAUGAACAUUCAGAGAAAUAUGUGUUCCAUGAUUUUGAGACAAAUCAGCAAUCGGAGGAUCAUUUGCCUAUUUUUGUAUCUACCAUGACAUUCAAGGGGGAAACGUGGUCUGCAGAAGGAUCCAAUUGUGCACUACUCUUUCUAAAACAUUUUAGAAAGCCACAGUACAGACACUUCACGUUUAUAGCCCACAAUGCUAGAGCCCACGACUCUUACCUUCUUCUGAACCCCUUGAUACAGCAAGGCGUGGCACCCAGUGUCAUAGCUCAAGGUAGUAAAAUCUUGUGUUUUGUAGACCCAGCCUUCAACCAGAGAUACAUUGACAGUUUAAGCUUCUUACCCAUGAGAUUGGCUCAAAUGCCAGAGGCCUUGGGUUUUGAAAACUCUGUGAAAGGCUGGUUCCCCCACUUCUUCACAUCUGAGGAGAAUCUACAUUAUGUCGGAUCAUAUCCCAGCCCAGAAAUGUACGGGUGUGAUCAAAUGUCUCCCAAAGAGCAUGAGAGAUUCAUGACGUGGUACGAGACAGUAAGACAUGGCACCUUUGAUUUCCAUAAAGAGAUGGAAUCAUACUGUGACAAUGAUGUGGUUAUACAUCGUGAAGGAUGCCUCAGAUUCAGAGAAGAGGUAAUCAAAGAUGCAGGCAUUGACCCCUGGAGUUGUACAACUAUUGCAUCGGCAUGCAUGAAAACCUAUCGUACACACUAUCUGCCUACAUCCUCUAUAGCUAUCCCCUCGCCUGAGUAUAUGGCCCAGGAUAAAGCCAUUUUUAUUCAACAUGCUUUGAAUCGGGGGGAGAAGGCGUUUGGCUCUUACCAUGUAGAUGGCUACACCCAGAUUGACAGGGUUGAGACCGUGUAUGAGUACAACGGUUGUUUCUUCCAUGGUUGUAAAUCUUGCUUUGUGUCCCAGGCCAUGUGUGUCCUAACCCAAAAGGGGUCAGGGGCCCUCAAGGAAAACUUUUUUUCCCCUUUGUCGCACCUGCAGUGAAAACAAACAACAAACCCCAUGUGAUCACUCAGAUCAAGAAAGAGCCCUGACAGGGGUGUGGGUCACAGUUGAAUUCUCUAAGGCUUUAGAGAUGGGAUAUCGUGUGGCCAAAAUCUUUGAAGUGUGGAACCUUUCCAAGAAAUCAGACACUAUUUUUAAAGAGUACAUCAAGACCUUCUUGAGAUGCAAGCAAAUGGUUUCAGGCUAUCCUGCAUCGGUCACAGAUCAAAAGAGCAAAGACAGGUACAUUCAAGACUAUCACGACAGAGAAGGCAUACUUCUUGACCCUGACAGAAGAGAGGUCAACAAAACCAAACGAAAUGUGUCGAAAUUGUACUUAAAUUCGCUUUGGGGCAAAUUAUCGCAGAGAUGUAAUAUGCUAACAACGUCGAUUAUUAAAGACCCCGAAGAAUUUUUGGAAUUUGUUUUUUCGGACCAAUACGAAAUUUCACAUUUUUCAUUCUUGAGUCAAGAAAUUGCCCUGGUGCAAUGGCGACGUAACAAGAAGUGGGUUCUACCCCCGGGUAAUGUAAAUGUGUUUCCUGCAGCAUUUACCACGGCCUAUGGCCGACUUGAACUGUACACGCUCAUGGAGCAGCUUCAGAGGCGGGUUCUUUACCACGACACAGACUCUGUGGUCUAUGUAAGCAAACCGGGGGAUUGGAGCCCCCCACUCAGCAACUAUCUGGGUGGCUUAACGAGUGAACUCGAAGAGGGUGACCAUAUCACAGAAUGGUCCUCCUGUGGUCCCAAAAGCUCUGCUUUUAGGACUAAAAAGAAUCACGUGGUGUUGAAAGCCAAAGGCGUGACUCAAAACUAUGAAAAUGCCCCGCGUGUAAAACCUGGAAUCAAUCACACGCUUGGUCGAGGGGUUCCUAAAUGACAGGAAUAGUGACUUGGAGAUUUUGAGCUCCUACAAAAAGAUUGUUAGGGAUAAAAAGGGCUUCCAUCUGAGGAAGGCCCCACUUACUAAAAGAUUCAGGGUAGUCUAUGACAAGAGACUGCUUUUGCCUGAUGGGACCACAUUGCCCUUUGGCUACUGACUUAUGCUACAAGCCGCAGUGUGUCAUUAAAGCUUAAGAUAUAAUGACUGCUGUAGAAGGUUUUGACACCCGGUUGCAACUACCAUUUUCGGCCUUAAUCGCAGGGCCGUCUAAUAGUGGUAAAACUUGUUUUGUAAAAAGUAUUUUAGAGGAUUCUGAACAUGUGUUAUCUCAAAAGCCUGAUAAUGUUGUGUGGUGUUAUUCUUGUUAUCAACCUCUGUAUGAUGAAUUGUUGAAGACAAUAAAAAUCAAGUUUGUUG